AUGUACUCUCCAUCUUCUGUAUCAAAACGGUUCAUUUUGAUCUAUGUCUUGGCCAUACAAAUAUUCCUUAUAAACAGCGAGUUGUCCAUAAAUACGACCAAUGAGUAUCUCAACCACAAAUGCUUGGUUAGUCAAGGAAAAUACAAGCCGGGAAGUAAGUAUGAGCAACGUUUAAAAUUUAUCACCAAACUGUUCUAUAGAGACAGUAUCAGAGGUUACGACGGUUUUGGCGACUCUACUUUAACUGCUAUCCUCCAGUGCCGCGGCGACUCCUACGGGCCUAAGUGCCAUGACUGCUAUGCCACCGCCCUAGCUGCGCUUCGUAGUAAAUGUCCGUGGUACAAAGGGCGGAUAGUAUGGUAUGACCAAUGUCUUCUCUCGAUUACUUCCAAUUAUACUUAUGGGCAGAUAGAUUACGACAAUAACUUUUGUAUAUCCAACGCGAAGAAGGUGGGAGGAGAUACAUUCGAGUUUAUGAAAGCUUGGAAUAAUUUCAUUCUCGAUCUUGCGAUUUUAGCCACCAGUGGAGAUAAUAAUUACACACUAUACUCUGUGGGAGAGAGGCGGUACAAUGGUGAUAUGAUGUAUGGAAUGGUGCAGUGUACGCGAGACUUAUCGCGAAAUGCUUGUCGUGAGUGUUUGUUUUAUACUAGCUUGCAUUUGCAAAAAUGUGUGAAUGGUAUACGAGGAGCGAGAGUUAUAGGCAGAAGCUGUAGUUUUAGGUUGGAGUUUUACCCUUUUAUUGCCAAGCCAGUCCAUAAUAUUUAA